UUUGCGCAUGCGCAGACGUGCGGGUCUGCUUUGAGCGGGUCGCGAACUCUGACCUCCUGUAGCUGCAGUGAGCCGUCAGUUUACGAAAAUUUAUCAAAACAUCACAGUAUUUGGAUAAUUUCUCACGCGUUCAGGGUGGGCGUGUGACUGAUGGGGCGUUGCUGAGCCUUGGUUCUGACAGAAGGGUAUCAUGGAAGGAGAAAGUCCCAGAAUUCAGCUGGUGUCUGCAGAUGGAGGCCUGCAGAUUGUGACGGAGCAGCAGUUGGCUCAGAAGGUGCAGAUAGUCACAGCCAUUGAUCAGGCUGGAGCCGGCAAGCAGCAGUUUAUAUUAGCUAACCUGGAUUACCCCAACCAUGAGAAACUGUUCAUCAAACAGGAGAACUCACCAGCCAAGGUCAUCUUGACUUCUGCCGAUGGGUCAGCUGUCAAUCAACUGCUUUUUGCAUCACCUGAGCUGACAGGACAACAAAUCCAGUUCUCUCUUAGAAGUCAGUACUGCAGACUGCAGCGCUGCAUGGCCCUCGGCAUGAAACAAGACUCUGUUCAGUGUGAGAGGAAACCGGUGGAGGUGUCGAGAGAGAAGCCAGCAAACUGUGCACCCUCCAUCGAAAAGAUCUACAUCCGUAAAAACCUCUGCAGUCCUCUCGCUGCCAUGCCAACAUUUGUUAGUGAAAAAGAGACUACCAGGUCCACCAGUUCACUGGACUCAAACAUGAAACCGGUGGAGGUGUCGAGAGAGAAGCCAGCAAACUGUGCACCCUCCAUCGAAAAGAUCUACAUCCGUAAAAACCUCUGCAGUCCUCUCGCUGCCAUGCCAACAUUUGUCCACCAGUUUACUGGACUCAGUUCACACAUUAUGAAUGUAGAAACAAUCCUCACAGCCAUAAUCAACCACUUACAGACCAGCCUGGAUGAAGAAAAACUGUCCCCGGAGCGGGUGAAGCUAGUCAUGGAGCAUAUCUGGCGUAUGCAGGAAUUUUGUAACAGUAUGAGUCGCAUGAGUCCUGAUGCAUAUGAAUAUGCUUACCUCAAAGCUGUGGUUCUCUUCAGCCCAGAUCACUGUGGAGUGGACGGCACCCUUCAGAUCGAACGCUUUCAGGAGAAAGCCUACAUGGAACUGCAGGACUAUGUGAGCAAAGUGUAUCCAGAGGACACAUAUCGUCUUUCAAAACUGUUAGUUCGUCUGCCUGCUCUGCGGCUCAUGAGCGCGGCGGUGACCGAAGAGCUCUUUUUCGCCGGUCUCAUCGGGAACGUCCAGAUCGACAGCAUCAUUCCCUACAUCCUCAAAAUGGAGUCUACCGACUACAACAGCCAACCAAUCAGCACCGCUGAGUGACAGAAACCCCACCCACAGCCACACCCAUCAGCUUUGCUUGCUCAGACCCUUUGAGCCAAAACAGAUAUAAUCAUGUGAAUUCUGAAUGAGGAAAUCAUUUUUUUAUGACUUUGCUUUUUCAUUUGGUCAGUGGUUGUGUCUGAGUUAUAUAGUAUGGAUAAAGUGGUUUACCGCAACUGUUGCGGUUGGAUCAUUUGGGCUUUUAUUGUACUGGUGUACUUAUGUUUAGAAAAGUGUCUAUAAAGAUACAGGAAGUGCAAGGAACCUGUUCUUGAGAAGAACUUUGCCCCCUGUCCCAAGCACUGAAUUCCUCUGUAUGUAUAUGAAUUAUGUAUAUAGGAAUAAUAAAUGAUAUACAGGGUUCCCACAGUCACAGAAAAUCUUUUUUUUUUUUUUCAACCCUGGAAAAUUCAUGGGAAUUUAUGUAGCGCAUGUAAAUGGUUCUGUUUAUGCUCUAUUAUAUUUAAUUGGCAAAAUAUUCAUCUAUGAGUGCAAUCUUCAAAAUUUGGUAAAAUGUGUGGGAAUCUUCUAGACAGUGGUUGAACUCUGUAACGUUUAAAUAAUGAAUAUGUUUGUGUUGUGUUGUAUUUUUAUUAAAGGGUAAACCAGACUUUCAGAAACAUGUUCUGGACGAGCUUGG